AUGAAUCCCGUUCAAAUACAUUUUUUUCCCGUUUAUUCCUUUGCAUUUAUUUAUUUAAUCACAUUAACGUUCGUCACUGGAGAUGACGUCAUACUACAAAAACGGUCGGAAAGAAACAGAUUGGAUAUGGAUCGUUUUAUGUAUGAUGGCCACGCAAUGAAACGUCCUUUUUGUAACGCUUUUACAGGUUGCGGUAAAAAAAGAUCGGAGGGAUCGAUUGGAAACAUUUUAGGUUUUAAUACCGAACCUGAAUCUGACGAACUCUUAAAACAAUUUCUUACCGAAGCAAAACUAUGGGAAACGAUUCAAGAAGCAAAAAUGGAAUUGGAAAGACGAAGACAGGGAAGGCAAAAUGCUGUGAGAGAUGACGUACCGUUAAGGCUACCGUUAGCAUCCUACAGGAGAAAAAGAUCGACAAAAAAAGCUCAAGAAAAUAAUUUCGAUGAAAAUAUCAAUAUAGAAAUACAUUCAUGUAAAAUAUUAGGCUUUGUCAAUAAGUAA